AUGGACCCCCUGAGGCAGUCCCCCUCCCCCAGCUCGUCACGGGCCUCCAGCCCGAGGACCCUACCCUGCGAGAUGCUUGGUUACGUGGGCAUCGAGGCUGUGCUGGACCAACUGAAGAUCAAGGCCAUGAAGAUGGGAUUUGAGUUCAACAUCAUGGUCGUUGGACAGAGCGGGCUGGGCAAGUCCACCAUGGUGAACACACUCUUCAAGUCCAAGAUGUGCAAGUCCACCAUGCCGGGCCUGGGGGUGCCCACACCCCAGACGCUGCAGCUGCAGUCUGUGACCCACGUCAUCGAGGAGAGCGGCGUGAAGCUUAAGCUGACCGUGACCGACACGCCCGGCUUCGGGGACCAGAUCAACAACGACAAGUGCUGGGACCCCAUCCUGGGCUACAUCAGUGAGCAGUAUGAGAAGUACCUGCAGGAGGAGAUCCUCAUUACCCGGCAGAGACACAUCCCCGACACCCGAGUGCACUGCUGCGUGUACUUCGUGCCGCCCACCGGGCACUGCCUGCGGCCCCUGGACAUUGAGUUCCUGCAGCGGCUCUGCCGGACUGUGAACGUGGUGCCUGUGAUCGCCCGGGCCGACAGCCUGACCAUUGAGGAGCGAGAAGCCUUCAGGCACAGGAUCCAGGAAAACCUGAAGACUCACGGCAUAGAGGUGUAUCCACAGAAGUGCUUCGAUGAGGACAUCAAUGACAAGAUCCUCAACAGCAAGAUCCGGGAACGUAUCCCCUUCGCUGUGGUAGGGGCUGACCGAGAGCACAUUGUGAAUGGGAGGUGUGUCCUGGGCCGGAAGACGAAGUGGGGCAUCAUUGAAGUGGAGAACAUGGCUCACUGUGAGUUCCCCCUCCUGAGAGACCUGCUCAUCCGCUCCCACCUCCAAGACCUGAAGGACAUCACACACAACGUCCACUAUGAGAACUACCGCAUCUUCAGACUGAAUGAAAGCCACGUGCUGCCCCGAGGGCCUGGCUGGGUGAACCUGGCCCCGGCCCCGGCCUCCAUCCCUGCCCCCGCUGGCCCCCAGGCCAGCCCCAGACCCCCAAAGGUCUGCUGGUGGGCGAAGGACAACUCAGAUGAGGAAUGCUGAGCACCGGCACAUCCCGGGCCCGCGGAGCUCUCCAAGUCCUGGGCAGCCCCCUGACACACACCUGUGUACUAGAGCAUGUAUUAAAGGGUGGACAUUGCUUUUUAUGAAAAGCUGUGCUUUGAAA